UCGCACUUCCACUCAACUCAUUUAAUCUGGAAUUGACUGGAGUUCAGGCUUAGCGGAAACGCGUGGCGAAAUCUCUUAAUUCCUAGCAGUGAUAUUGGCGUGUUUUUUCCCUAGUCCAAAAUGCCUUGCACUAGCGUUAAAGACGUAAACCAACAUGAGUUUGUGAAAGCUCUUGCUGCUCAUUUAAAAAAGUCUGGAAAAUUGAAAGUUCCAGAGUGGGUUGAUGUAGUAAAAACUGGAAUGCACAAAGAGCUUGCACCUUACGAUGAAGAUUGGUUUUACACUCGAUGUGCAUCUGUUGCCAGACAUUUGUAUAUGCGAUCACCUGCAGGCGUAGGAGCCCUUACCAAAAUUUACGGUGGACGAUACCGAAGAGGUACCCGUCCAUCAAAAUACUGCAGAGGAUCUUCAAGUGUUGCAAGAAAAGUACUCCAAGCUUUAGAAAAUCUGAAAUUAGUAGAGCAGGAUACUGCUGGAGGUCGGAAGUUAUCUAGCCAAGGAAGAAGGGAUCUGGACAGAAUUGCCAGCCAGAUAAGAAAAUCUUAAAAAAUGUAUAAUAAGUUCAAAAUAAAAUAAAGGAAAAAAAUGUG